AUGUCGGUUGUGACACCCAGGGUUCAACCCAAGGAUGGUUGGGCAAACGGUAAUGGAUGGGCUCUGUUGGCUGGGCCCUUGUCCAAUUCUUCCUUCAACCCCAUUGUUGAUUCUGAGUCGCCCAAACGUCCACCAUUCUUCCUCAAUCUCUUGGCUCAUUCGUCCUUGGACUUUGCUGCUUAUCACCUUCAAAUCUUUGCAGUCAAACUUCAUGGCUGUAAUGCCAAAACUGACUCUUUUCUUCAUGUGCAUCCUCAUUCACAUCUUCAUCUGCAGAUGUACCUGACCCUCAAAACCAUUCAUUCACUACUUUCCUGCAUUGGCUUAGUUCCCAAAUCGGCCUUAAACCCGCGGGUGUUAUGGCCUGGAUCAGUCAAUGGCAUAAACGCAAUGCUCAAGCUAUUAGUUCAAUCUAUCAAGACCAAAUACAGAUCCAUGAGCUUAGAUAUGGGAAAGAACUGA